AUGGCAGCUGUUUUGCCAGCUGCAUUCAAUCCAGAAUAUGAGAUCACGUACAGAGUGCAUAUAAUUGCCUACAUCGAUGGCAGCUUUUGUCUUGCUGCAACAAUAAUAUGCGCUAUAUUGUAUGCAGCCAUCAUGGUGAUUCUGUCUCGUAGUAAGCAGAACGUUGUAUCGAACAACAGCUUGCACGCUGAAAUACGUUUAUUGCUAUGUGCUAUUAUUGAGUUCCUCGUUCUGACCCUGAAUGCAAUCGCUCAAAUAUUAUCAAUUAUAAUGGCUGAUAAUUUGAGCAUUGUUGAUAUCAUUAAUGAUAUAACAACGAUCUUGCACGCUCCUCAUUUGAAACAACUCGUCGAAAAUCCGUUAUGCGCCAACUUCAUGACCAGCCCUCGGCAGCAGUCGCUAAAGUCGCGUGAGGGGAAACGGAUGAAAUGUGUACAACUGUGA